AUGGCUUCUACCUCCAAUAUCAUCCCCAGUUCCGCUUCGCCAACGGCGGUCGACGUUGUGGUCGUCGGCGCGGGCCUGAGUGGACUCCGAGAAGCGUUGGCUAUCCAAGCAGUCGGGCUCUCCCGUGCGGUGGUUGAAGCCACUGAUAGAGUAGGUGGGAAGACGCCCACUCUCCAAUCUAAGAAAGUCGGCCCCGGCGUCAACGACCUCGGCGCUGCUUGGAUCAACGAUACCUCACAAUCAGAGAUGCACAAAUUGGUCCAACGAUAUAGGCUGCAGACCGUGGCACAGAUGGAUACAGGGCUUGAUGUUCAUUUGCAUGGAGAUGAAGUUGUCAUGUGUCCGCACGGCGUACUGCAGACAAUUGCCUCUGCGCAUCAGGUAGGUGAGGAAUAUAGCGGUGGAGGUCUUGAUGGCUUCGUUCCGGGAUUCAUGCAGGCAUACUGUGCAAGUUCUUUCAUCGGUUCAUUAUAG